CAGUCUGCAGUUCCAAAGCAACCCAACCCGGUCCCGUGCGCACGUGAUGGGGACACUGCCGGUAGAGGUGCUUGGCCAGGGAAAAUCCAGAGAGAACAUUUGACUUGGUAUUGAAAGUGAAAUGCCAUGCCUCUGAAAAAGAAGGAAGUGCUACAGAGCGUGCCAAAGUUCUGUUUCCCCUUUGACGUUGAAAGGGUGUCUCAAAAUCAAGUUGGACAGCACUUUACCUUUGCACUGACAGACAUUGAAAGUAAACAGAGAUUUGGAUUCUGCAGACUAACAUCAGGAGGCCAAAUUUGUUUAUGCAUUCUUAGUUACCUUCCAUGGUUUGAAGUGUAUUAUAAGCUUUUAAAUACCCUGGCAGAUUACUUGGCUAAAGAACUGGAAAAUGAUUUGAAUGAGACUCUUAAAUCACUCUAUAACCACCCAGUACCAAAGGCAAACACUCCUGUCAGUUUGAGUGUGAACCAAGAGAUAUUUAUUGCCAGUGAGCAAGUUCUGAAAGAUCAGCUCUCUUUAGUACCGCAUUCCUACUUCAUUGCCCCUGAUGUAACUGGACUCCCAACAAUACCUGAGAGUAGAAAUCUCACAGAGUAUUUCGUCGCCGUGGACGUGAACAAUAUGCUGCAGCUGUACGCCAGCAUGCUUCACGAAAGGCGCAUCAUCAUCACCGCCAGCAAAUUAAGCACUCUCACCGCCUGUGUCCACGCCUCGGCCGCGCUGCUCUAUCCCAUGCACUGGCAGCACAUCUACGUCCCCGUGCUGCCGCCGCACCUGCUGGACUACUGCUGUGCCCCGAUGCCGUACCUGAUUGGAAUACACUCCAGCCUCAUAGAGAGAGUGAAAAAUAAGUCAUUGGAAGAUGUGGUCAUGUUGAAUGUUGACACGAACACUUUAGAAUCACCAUUUAACGACUUGAGCAACCUACCCAGUGAUGUGGUCUCGGCCUUGAAAAAUAAACUGAAGAAGCAGUCUACAGCUACGGGUGAUGGAGUAGCGAGGGCCUUUCUUAGGGCACAGGCUGCUUUGUUUGGAUCCUACAGAGAUGCACUGAGAUACAAACCUGGCGAGCCUAUCACUUUCUGUGAGGUGAGUUUCGUAAAGCACCGGUCAAGCGUCAUGAAACAGUUCUUGGACACUGCAGUUAACCUCCAGCUUUUUAAGCAGUUUAUUGAUGGCCGGCUGGCAAAACUCAAUGCAGGAAGAGGUUUCUCUGAUAUAUUUGAAGAGGAGAUCACUUCAGGUGGCUUUUGUGGAGGGAACCCUAGGACCUAUCAACAGUGGGUACACACAGUCAAGAAAGGAGGUGCUCUGUUCAAUACAGCAAUGACCAAAGCAACUCCCGCUGUACGCACAGCAUAUAAAUUUGCAAAAAAUCACGCAAAGCUGGGACUAAAGGAAGUGAAGAGUAAACUCAAACACAAGGAAAAUGAGGAAGAUUACGGAAGCUGUUCUGGCUCUGUACAAUAUACACCAGUUUACACAUCACACAAUGAAAAGGGCGGAGACCUAGAAAGGCAUAAACUUGCCCAGGCACGCCUGAAAAGGCCUCUGAAGAGCUGCGAUGGUGCGCUGUGUGACGAGGACGACGACGACAUUGAAAGAGCAAGCAAGUUAUCUUCUGAAGAUGGUGAAGAAGCUCCUGCUUAUUUUUAUGAAAGCGAUGACUCGGUGGAAACAAGAGUGAAGAUCCCUUACUCUGGCGAAAUGGACCUGUUAGGCGAGAUCCUUGAUACGCUGAGCACACAUAGCUCGGAUCAAGGGAAGCUGGCAGCUGCGAAGAGCUUGGAUUUCUUUAGAUCAAUGGAUGAUAUUGAUUACAAACCUACGAACAAAUCCAAUGCCCCCAGCGAGAACAACCUGGCCCUGCUCUGCAGCGGUUCUGGCGACCAGGCCGAGUGGCCCCUGGGGCAGGACGACAGCGCCCCCAGCGGCCACCUCCCUCCGGCUCCCAGGAAGCGCGUGUCCUCCGGCGGCCUGGCGGAGUCGCUGUUCAUCCUGAGAGAGGAGUGCGCUGGGAAGCAGCUCGGUGCCCGCGACCCGGGUGGCCCGAGCGGGGCGGAGGGGCCCGCAGAGUCGGGGUCGGAGUCCCUGCUGGCUCCCGGAGUUGCCCAAAGGGACGGCGCGGAGGCGGACGCGGAACCCAGGGAAACACUAAGCCGGAGCUGUGACGCCCCGCUCCCGCCCGGCCUCGGGCGGCGCCCGUCUACCUCCGUUCCUUGGGAGAGAGAAGGGAAAGAAGCCAAAGAGACUCCAGAAGGCCCCGGGCUGCUCCAAGAAGUGGUGUCCUUGUGUCACAUGGCCUCUGACUGCGCGCCAGGCCCACGUGUUUCGGAAGAAAACACAGGUGGAAACCGGGCUUAGCUGGGGACCGAGGGGCCGCCCUGUGUCCCCCUCCCAUGGGGGACACGUUGGAGUCUACGGCAUCUGUAUAAUAAACUGAAUUAUUUGUAGGAAUAACAACUCUUACUACUAUUUAAAAACAUUUUUUUUUCACUCGGGACACCUGUUCCCCCCCCCUUCCCGGUUGGUCGCCUCCUGGAUAUAUGUUACCCAUUGAUUUUUUAAAUGGAAAGUGAGUUCUACUGUGCUCUUAAAUCAGGUACCCGUCUGUGUGUGUGUUGAAAGUAUGUACUGAACAUACGAUUGCCCAGUGUUUGGUGCUUAAUGCCAACUCAUUUUAUUUAAACUCAGUAUGCAUUAUAUAAUCCUUGCACAUAACUAGCAGCUAAGAUACUAAUCCAGUUGAGCAUGAACUGAUUGAGAUAUCAAAACUAGCCUGAAUCGGAUGAAACUGUUAAUCCACUAAUUGCCUUAAUCAUCAAGCUAUAUUAAGCAUAAUGGAAUAAUUUAUGAAAUUACAUGUUAAAGUCAAAAGAUAAGUUAUUAGUAUUCUGCAGAGCAAUAACGCCUUUUUCUAUUCAUUGAAUUGAGGUCACAAUUCAUUUUUUCUCAAGGUUGAAAAGCUCUCCUUUGGAAAUGUGUACUUUGAUUAUAUAAGGACACCACAGCAUGCUUUGAACAAAGUAGGAAGGUGUGUAUUUCCCUUUCCCCGUCCCUCAGUGAAACAGAUGAAGUGCUGAGUUAUAAUGUGAAGGUAAAGACUUCUGUUUACACACAGGACACUGUCAACGUCUUCCGUCUCUCCACACCUUUGCUCAUUCGUGGUCCACCCAGC